AUGGUGCCCUUGCAAGAUGCUUCUCGGAAGGGUCACACCAGCGUUGUGGCAGCUCUUCUAGCGGAAGGCGCAAACGCGACCGUCAAAGAUGCCACCGGGAGAACAGCUAUACAUCAUGCUGCACGCGCAGGAGACAUUGACGCUGUGAAGAUGCUUAUUGCAAGUGGUGCCGACUUGGAUGGUCUGGAUGUUUACGGACAUUCUGUUCUUAGCCUAGCUGCAGCCAGUGGCAACGAAGACCUGGCCGAGUUCCUGUUGAGACUGCGGAACACAACUUGGUCAGCCGCAGUAAUUGGAGUCGCUUUGGCUUUUGCUGCAGCCUUGGGUCUCAAAAGCCUGACACGCUCUUUGCUCAGCUCUAGCAGAUUCAACGGUCCAGAUGAUACGCUUGUGCAACAGGCUUUCAUUGCCUCUGUCGUCUCUGGGUCUGAAGAAAUUCUGCUUUUGUUUCUCGCGCUGGGAUGCCAUCCUGACCUGCAGGACUCCAAGUACGGGCAGUCAGCCUUGUCGAUAGCUGCUGCUGGCGGACAUGACCGGGUUGUCCGCAUAUUACUGGAACAUGGCGCCUGUGCGAAUAUUCAAGAUGUCCGUACCGGCAUCACGCCUGUGAUGCAUGCUAUAAGCCGUGGAUACCCACUCAUCGUUCAGCUACUGCUAGAGUAUGGAGCUGAGCUCGAUUUUCCGAAAGAACGUCAUGAGAAUGUAGAUGAUGGUUGGAUCUACAAGAUCUUUUUGGCAUUGAUCCAUCAGUGUCCGAAUGGCGACAAGGGGCGCAGUAGUAAUAGGAAGUCAACGAGCCCCUCAACCAAAGCAGUUAUUGGAUCACCGAAUCAAGCACAGGAGACGCCAUCUUCCUUCGACCAGACUCAUAAGAGAUCUCGUUCCAAGAAACGACUGGAUGACAGCGAAGAGGGAUCCGACGACGAACACGUUGCCACCAAGAAGUCCCGACAUGACAAGGGGAAUGACGCGCAGUUCAUGUGUCCAUUCCACAAGAGAUAUCCAGACAAACACACCUGCCCUCCCUAUACUAAGGUGGCUCGUCUCAAAGAGCAUAUACACCGAAGACAUCAUAAAGUCUUUUGUGUCCAUUGCUGGAAAAUUUUCAAGGACGAAGCAGCUGUAGCGCGUCAUCACAAAAACGACAAAUGCGAAGAGCAAGAUCGGACUGACUACUCAGGCGGCAUCUGCAACAGCCAAGCCAGCGCUUUGAAGUCGAGAGUGGGUAUUCAGAGAAUCUCAGAGGAAGAGCAUUGGGAAAAGGUCUUUCGCAUCGUCUUCCCUGAUUUUCAAGACAGGAUGCCAUCCCCCUCGUACUACACUACCUCAGAGACAUUCACAGAGGCGGUGCAACGAAUGUUCCUGGACCCCUGUCUACAGAGCGGUCUUGCGCCACUGCUUGGAGGUAACUAUGAGACUGUACGCAAUAUCAUACUCGCGUUCGCCAGCAACCAAAGAAUGGCUGAAGCCGAUGCAUCCCUCGGUGGAGCAAUACAAGUCCGCCCCAGGCAGAUUCCAAGCAGUACCCUCAACGGUGGCAGAGCUGAUGAGCCAGCCUUGACUGUCGCGUCUCCUUCCAAUAACAACAAUGGCCUGCAGAGGCGCGCUCCAGCGGCGCAACAAAUCCCAGAAAGUUUGUUCUGGGCCCCACUCGACAUGAUGGGAUCUGUGCUCACCGUGCCUAACUUACAGCACGCACACUCUGGGCCACCUUUCGCCCAUGUGCCAUCCGACUCUGGGGUUGGGACUCAACACAGUUCGAUGUUCGAGGAGCCUCAGGGCCGUGGCAUGUACCACUUUGGUAGCAUGGAUACGGAGGACACAACUACCUCAGAUGGACCGGGCCAGACCAUGCCGUAUUUCUCUCGGUCCGUGGACACCUUGAGUACCUUUCCUGACAAUUAUUGGAACAUGGAACGACAGCAGCAACUUAGCGGCCACAAUGUUGGAGAAGUGGUCUUCGACAACGUGACGGAUCCGCAGCUGGAUCCCUCAGUUGCACCAGGCAACUGUUUGCCAACUACUCAUCUGCCUGGUCAUGAUUGUGGCGCAUCGCAGCAGGGAAAGAGGAGGGGUAAGUAA